AGCCGCAGCCGGGCUGCACCGCCUCCCUGCCGCCCCUUCCCCUCGGCCCGCCCCGCGGACAGCCAUGGCUCUGGGGCGCGCUCUGGGCUGCGCGGCCAGGCGCUUCUCUGCGGCGGCCGCUAAGGAGUGGCUGACAGAGGAUUUCCUCAAUUCCCUCAGAGCGAUUGUGGGAGGGCCCAAUGUGUCCACAGCCACCGUUGUCCGUGAGCAACAUGGGCAGGACGAGUCUAUGCACAGGAACUGCCCCCCGGAUGCUGUCGUCUGGCCCCAGAGUGUGGAGCAAGUCAGCUUGCUGGCAGCGACGUGCUACGACCGAGGGGUUCCAGUCAUCCCCUUCGGGACGGGCACAGGGCUGGAAGGCGGCGUCACUGCCAUACAGGGAGGUGUGUGUGUCAACCUGACGAAAAUGGACCAAAUUUCUGAGCUUAACCCUGAAGAUUUCACGGUCGCUGUCGAGGCAGGAGUGACGCGGAAGGCGCUGAACAAAUACUUGCGUGGGAACGGCCUGUGGUUCCCUGUCGACCCCGGGGCCGAUGCCUCGCUCUGUGGCAUGGUGGCCACUGCAGCCUCCGGGACGAAUGCGGUGCGCUAUGGCACCAUGCGCCAGAAUGUCCUCAACUUACAGGUGGUCCUGCCAGAUGGGAGAGUCCUGUACACAGCCGGGCAGAAUCGGCGGCCCAGGAAGAGCUCUGCUGGAUACCACCUAACAGGGCUGUUUGUGGGCUCGGAGGGGACUCUGGGGUUCAUCACCCAGGCUACACUGAGACUCCAUGGUAUUCCCGAGGCCACCGUGGCGGCCAUCUGUGCCUUCCCCAACAUCCAAGCAGCCGUGGACAGCACUGUGCAGGUUCUCCAAGCUGGGCUCCCCAUUGCCCGCAUUGAGUUCCUGGAUGAGGUGAUGAUGGGUGCCUGUAACCGCUACAGUGGCCUGAGCUAUGCAGAACUGCCCACCCUCUUCCUGGAGUUCCAUGGCACUCAGCAGAGUGUGGAGGAGCAAGUAGGAGCCACAGAGGCGAUUGUGCAGUCCAAUGGAGGCUCGGACUUUGCGUGGGCCCGGGAGCCGGAGUCCCGUGGACGGCUUUGGGCAGCUCGACACGAUGCUUGGUACGCAGCUUUGGCUCUUCGUCCUGGCAAAAAGGGCUACUCCACAGAUGUGUGUGUCCCCCUCUCGCGCCUUCCUGAGGUCCUGCUAGAAACCAAGAAAGAUUUGCUGGACUCCAACCUUACAGGUCCCCUUGUCGGCCAUGUUGGGGACGGCAACUUCCAUUGCCUGCUGGUUCUUGAUCCUGAAGACGUUGAAGAAAAGGAGAAGGUGGCGGAGUUUGCCAAACGACUGGGCAGGAGGGCCUUGGCAGUGGGUGGCACCUGCACGGGGGAGCAUGGCAUCGGCCUGGGCAAGCGUCAACUUUUGCGCGAGGAAGUAGGGGAAGUGGCCCUCUCCACCAUGUGGCAGAUCAAGGUGGCCUUGGAUCCCAAAAACCUCAUGAACCCUGGAAAGGUGCUCGAACCUCCGCAAGGCCUGGCUGGGAGAGGCUCCUGAAUUUCUUUUCCUUGCCGAGAAGUCCGGAGUGAGGCGUCUUCGCUUUUAUCUCCUCGCUCCAGCAGGGUCAGAAAUGCAGGUGUUAACCAAAGUGGUUCUCCAGAGGUGCCCACAGCAAAGACUUCUUCACCUCCUCUGCUGACUGGAUUCUAUAUCAUACUAAACUAUGUUUAAUUCUAGCCUGCUGAAUAAACCACAGUUGGUUCAAAGGACAUGAUAACUCAAAGCCAAGUAAGUGACAUAAUGGUUCAGCAAAACUCUAUACACCUCUGUUUCCCAAUCUCGGCAACUUUAAGCUGCAUGGACUUCAAUUCCCAAAAUUCCCCAGCUGGCAUUAAGAUGCAUGGACUUCAACUGGCCGAAUUCUUCAGCCAACAUGCUUUAAAAUACAUGGACUUCAAUUCUCAGAAUUCCCCAGCUGGCAUUCUUUUAAGAUGCAUGGACUUCAACUCCCAGAAUUCUUCAACUGGCAUUCAAGAUGCGUGGACUUCAACUCCCAGAAUUCUUCAGCCGACAUGCAUUAAGAUACAUGGCCUUUAAUUCAAGAUGCGUGGACAAGAUGCUGGCUGGGGAAUUCUGGGAGUUGAAGUCCAGGUAUCUUAAUGUUGACAGGAAACACUGCUUGAACACUCCACCCACCUGUCCGCUUCCUUUGAAUUUUUACACACUUGAAAAAGGUGAGCUAGGAUUGGCAGCCAUCCCUCUGAUAAGAAGAGUAAGCAUACAGAACUUGGCAAUUGUCUGAAUUUGUCUUACAGAUCUAUAUUAAAAUUAAUGCUGUGCGUUUGUGUGGGGA